GGAAGCGGUGCCGGGGCCGCGCCAUGGCCCAGGAAGCGGUUGGGAGGCUGCCCAGGGAAACCCUGUCGCGCUGGAAACGGGAGCAAGCCAUGCUGAAGGCCCUUGUCGUGGACCGAAACACGGAGGCGUGGCAGCAGGACCCCGCCUUCGCGGGCCUGCAGCGGGUCGGGGGCGUGGACGUGUCCUUCGUGAAGGGCGACAGUGCCGGGGCCUGCGCCUCCCUGGUGGUGCUGAGCUACCCUGAGCUCGAGGUGGUGUAUGAGGAGUGCCGCAUGGUUAGCUUGACAGCCCCGUACCUGUCCGGCUUCCUGGCCUUCCGAGAGGUGCCCUUCCUGGUGGACGCAGUGCGGCGACUGCAGGAGAAGCAGCCUAGCCUCAUGCCCCAGGUCCUCCUUGUGGAUGGAAAUGGGGUGCUCCACCACCGAGGCUUCGGGGUAGCAUGCCACCUCGGCGUCCUCACAGACCUGCCCUGCGUCGGGGUGGCCAAGAAACUCCUGCAGGUGGACGGGCUGGAGAACAACGCUCUGCACAAGGACAAGAUCCGCCUCCUGCGUGCCAGAGGGGACGCGUUCCCUCUGAGGGGACGCUCCGGAGCCAUCUUGGGUGUGGCCCUGAAGAGCCACGACCACAGCACCAAGCCCCUCUACGUGUCCGUGGGCCACAAGAUCAGUCUGGAGGCAGCCGUGCGCCUGACCCGCAGCUGCUGCAGGUUCCGGAUCCCGGAGCCCGUGCGCCAGGCUGACAUCCGCUCCCGAGACUACAUUCGCAGGACCUUGGGAGGCCCUGGACCCCCCACACCGGGGCAGGAGAGGAGCCAGAGAGCACAGAGACCAGAGGUGUGCUCCACGAGAGGCCCCGCGGAGCUGGGACAGGGCAGGGCCCCUGAGGCCCACAGCCAAGGCCCCAGGACACGCCCGGAAGGUCCAGACCCCUGUGCUCGGGCCUCAGAGCAGGACCUGGCCCUGGGGCUCUGUGAGCUCAGACUGCGACCUGGGCCGCAGCAAGCAACCCUGCGCAGAUGACCGUGGCUGCUGCUCCUGCUCCACGGUCACUGUCCCGAGGCCCAGCAGACAUCUCGACCGCGGAGCCCCAGACCCAAGAGGCACGCACGGCUUUCCCAGGAGCCAUGAAGAGGGGUUCGGGGUUUGUGGGAGGAGUUUGGGUUCUUCUGGAAGUGCCCCUGGGGUCUCAGCAGCUGGGCUGUCCCCUUUGGUACACAUGCCACUGUU